AUGAAGCAAAUACAUGAAAAGAAAAGGAUUCAUAGAGAUGCCCUUGAAAUCCUAUUCUGCAUUGUUAAGGAACUCCGGACAAUGAGCAACAUAGAACUUGAAAGGAUGCAGAUUGAUAAAAUUUUAUACGACGCCAUUCAGCAUGGAAUCGUUGAGUUUGUUGAGGAAAUUUUAAUAUGGCUUCCUGCACUCAUCUAUAGCAGAGACAAAACAGGCAGAACAGUAUUUUCACAUGCAAUUUUGCUUUGCCAAGAGACAAUUUAUAGCCUUAUAUAUGCCUUGGGAGAGCGAACGAGCAUUCUAGCCCGCAGGCAAGACUCUUUCGGAAACAAUUUCUUACAUUUAGCAGCCAGGCUGUCUCCACCAUCUCAACUUGACAGGGUUUCUGGAGCAGCUCUUCAAAUGCAAAUGGAACUACAAUGGUUUCAGGUCGCAAUUCAAUUCAUUGAAGUUGAGAGUAUUCUACCACCAAGGAUGAAGAAAGAAUUGAAUUCUAGUGAUAAAACACCUUCUGCCCUCUUCUCUGACGAGCAUAAGGCAUUGGCUAAGGAGGGAGAGAAAUGGAUGAAAAAUAUUGCAGGAUCAAGUAUGAUUGUGGGAACUCUCAUCGCUGCAGCCAUGUUUACAACGGCUUUCACAGUUCCAGGUGGUAAUGAUGGUAAAACAGGGCUCCCUGUCAUGAUAGGUACUCAACAAAAAGCAUUCUUGUUUCUUAUGGCAUCAAAUGCAGUGUCAAUGUUCACUUCUACAACAUCGAUUCUGAUGUUCUUGGGGAUUCUUACUGCACGUUAUGCAGAAAAAGAAUUUCUCAAGUCCUUACCUACAAAGUUAAUAUUUGGAAUCACAUUUUUGUUCGUCUCGAUAGUCUUCAUGAUGGCAUCAUUUGGUACUGCUAUAUAUCUGACGCUGAUCGAACAAGUAGCUUGGAUUUCCUACCCAAUCAUUGUUUUCUGUGUUAUUCCAAUAGCCCUUUACUCAUUGCUGCAAUUCCCUCUUCUGGUUGAGAUGAUCAGUCGCACUUACGGACAUGGCAUGUUCGACAAACGUAAAAAGAAACUCUCGAGUUUUGAUACCUGA